AUGCGUCAUUCAAAACAACUAUCAUCACCCAACAAUAUGAAUAAUAACAAUCAUAAUAAUAAUAGAUCAUUAGAACAAUAUUCACAAUCAACAACAGGAUUACUUCAAUCAACAUUAACACUUUCUAAAUCAGCAACAUCUAAUAAUCAAAUAUAUAAACAAGGUUAUUUAUCUAAAAAACCAUUAAAAUCAUCAAAAUCAACUUUUAAAUAUAAAUUCAAAGGUUGGAAAAAACGUUGGUUUGUUCUACAGAAAACUUCAAUUUAUUAUUAUAAAGAUGCUGCAAUUGCUGCUGCUGCACAACUUGAAUCUCAAAAUAGUAAAUAUCAACCAUUAGGUAUCAUUUCAUUGGCAGAGGAUAUUAAAAUUGAAAAAGAUGAAAUUGAAUCAGUUGAAAGUGGAAUGUUUGUAUUUAAAAUUAUAACACCAUAUGCACAACAUUUAAUUGCAGCUAGUUCAGAACAAGAAAGAAGAGAAUGGAUUGAUUCCAUAGUUGGAAUUACAGGUGCAAUUCAAGUUUCUAAAUUAGUACAAUAUGUUACAAAAUUACAAGUUACUAUUGUGGAAGCUAAAUUAAAUGAUGAAUUUAUUAAUAAGGAAAAUUCAAAAUUAGAUCAAGAUGAAAAAAAUGAUAUUAUUCAACAAAGUCAUUUUCAAGUUAAUUGUAAAUUUCACAAACAAAAAGGUUUGGUUAUUCCAUCAUUGAAUGGUAAAUUGACUGGUAUGGCUUUCAGAGUUCCAACUGUUGAUGUUUCCGUUGUUGAUUUGACUUGUAGAUUGGAAAAGCCAGCUACUAAGAAGCAAAUUGAUGAAGCUAUGAAGGCUGCUUCUGAAUCUGAAAGAUUCAAGGGUAUUUUGAAGUUCACUGAUGAAGAAGUUGUUUCUAGCGAUUUCGUCCAUGAUUCUGCUUCAUCCACUUAUGAUAGCAAGGCUUCAAUUUGUUUGAAUGAACACUUUGUUAAGGUUGUUGCUUGGUACGAUAACGAAUGGGGUUACUCUAACAGAGUUUUGGAUUUGAUCAAGUCUACUGCUAAGAUCCAAUAACUAUCCUUAGCAACCAAUAAAUUUUACUCCGACCUGUAAACAGCUUUAAAAUUUCAAAUAUAAAUUUAUUCUUUUGAUUACUG